AUGGCCAACGCGGAGCUCGCUGCCACAUAUGCCGCCCUCAUCCUCGCCGAUGACAAUGUAGAAAUCACAUCUGAGAAGAUUUUGGCACUAACAAACGCUGCCGACGUUGAACUCGAGCCAAUCUGGGCCACACUCCUCGCAAAGGCAUUGGAGGGCAAGGACGUCAAGGAAUUGCUCUCAAACGUUGGAUCGGGUGGUGGAGGACCUGCUGUUGGCGGUGGUGCUGCCCCGGCUGCUGCCGCUGGUGGAGGGGCCGCUGCUGCACCAGAAGAAAAGGCCGAGGAGAAGAAGGAGGAGAAGGAAGAGUCGGACGACGACAUGCGUAUCCUCGUCAUGUCCACAUCCGCAUCUUCUCCAUCCAAUGAUUCCAGUUCCCUCUUGUUAUUUGGUCUCGAUGUACGGCUCGUUCCUGUAAUUGCGGCCCUAAUCUCGUUCUUCGUAUUCGCUGCAAUCGUUUUAUGUGCCGUCUGCCUAUGCCAUAUGCAACGGCAGGCACGCCUUCUUCGUGAUCCACUCUAUCAAGCAGCCCUGCGGGAACGAGAGCGACUACGGGCAGAACGCGAAAAGGCGCUCAAUUGUCCUCCGACGUUUGAUACGGCAUAUCUUACUUCUCAUACGGAAAAGGGAUUGGAUUCGAAGAAUUUGGAGCGUUACCUUCCGUUGAGCGUAGAGGAGCAAAAGCAAAAUUCACCCAAGGAGAAUGCGCGUAAACCAAGCAUAGGGAUAGCUUGUGUUGCCUUUACAAUUGCUCUCCCGCGACCCCCGUCUGAAGACGAGCCACCAGAGAUUGUCCUUGGAGGUUUGGAGAUCAAGUACCGCCAGUAG